CGCCCCUUGGGGCCACCCCCGCACCCCGCCCGCCGGCGUCUGGCUCUCAUGAUGAUGAAGAAGAAGAAGUUUAAGUUUAAGGUGGACUUCGGGCUCGAGGAGCUCUCCUCAGUGCCCUUCGUCAACGGUGUCCUUUUCUGCAAAAUGCGGCUGCUGGACGGCGGCAGCUUCACCGCCGAGUCCCCCAGGGAGGUGGUGCAAGCAAACUGUGUUCACUGGAGGAAGAAGUUCUCAUUUAUGUGCAAAAUGAGUGCAAGUGCCACAACAGGCAUCCUAGAUCCUUGUAUCUACAGAGUAUCUGUGAGAAAGGAAUUAAAAGGUGGAAAAACUUAUGCGAAGCUGGGCUUUGCAGAUCUAAACCUGGCAGAGUUUGCUGGGUCAGGAAAUACCACUCGCCGCUGUUUACUGGAAGGCUAUGAUACCAAAAAUACAAGACAAGAUAAUUCCAUUCUUAAAGUUUUGAUCAGUAUGCAGCUGAUGUCUGGUGACCCAUGUUUUAAAACGCCUCCUUCUACAUCAAUGUCUAUACCAAUUGCUGGUGAAUCUGAAUCUCUGGAAGAAGAUAGAAAAGGUGGAGAGACUCUCAAAAUCCAUCUUGGAAUAGCAGAUCUUUCAGCAAAGAGUGCCUCUGUUCCAGAUGAACUUGGUGCCUGUGGACAUUCUAGAACAUCAAGCUAUGCAAGCCAGCAGUCAAAAGUAUCAGGGUAUAGUAGCUGCCACUCCCGGUCAUCUAGUUUCUCUGAGCUCUGCCAUAGGAGAAAUACCUCAGUAGGAAGUACAUCAACAGGAAUUGAAAGUAUUCUAGAGCCAUGUGAUGAAACUGAGCAAAAAGUAUCCGAACCAAAUCUUGAUACGGCUGAUAAAGAAGACACAGUUUCAGAAACACUCAACAGAUGCCCAGUGAAACAAGAUUCUGUAGAAUCUCAGCUGAAGCGAGUUGAUGACACCAGAGUGGAUGCAGAUGAUAUUGUGGAGAAAAUAUUACAAAGUCAAGACUUCAGCCUGGAUUCCAGUGCAGAAGAAGAAGGACUGCGGUUAUUUGUGGGUCCUGGGGGAAGUACAACCUUUGGGAGUCAUCAUCUUCCAAAUAGAGUGGUGUCUGGAGCUUAUGAACAAGUCGUGAUCAAGCGCUAGAAGUCAAGCUGGUGAACUGAAGCCUCCCUGUGGGCAGUUGAGCUGUCAAGGCACUUCAUCCAAGCACUAAUGACAAAAUGAACCUAUUUUAAAAAUGAGCAUGUUCAUCUAUCAAGAGGAAAGCCAACACUGAUUUCUUCUCUGAAGAUGCUCACCGCUGUCCUCGCCCGUGCACCAAGAGGUAUCAAAGCAGCUGCCAUGUGCGCUUAGGGGUCACUGCACAUAAUAAUGAAAGGACUGCUUUUUCUUUCAAAACAACCCAGUGGGGAAAACAGCACUCUACAUGUAAGUCUAGUUCUAGUGUCGAAGUGUAAAACCUGUGAUAGAGGUGCUGAACAGAUUUAGGCGAUAAUUAUUUAAUUUUGUGUUUGAGAGACAAUAUGAAGAUCAUUUAAACCCUAUAAAUUCUGUCAAGAUAAUUAUAAUCCCUGUUAAGGAAAUCUUCCAUAUCUUACUACCUACAGUAUUAUACUAAUUUUAUUUAUACUAAGAUAAUUGAUAUAAAAGUGUGGGUGUUCAAGCUUUCGGGAGAAGUUAUACUACAAAUUAAACAUGUAAAAUGCUUAAUAAUUCUAAACAUUAUUAGUCAUAAAUCAAAUAACAAGUGUAUUUAAGUCUGAGAUCCAUGAAUGGGUAUAGUGCCACGUUUUGCAGUAUAUAUUGUUACUCAUUAAUAUUAGAUGAGCUGCAGAACUCCCACUAGCGCUGUAUAAGAAAUUCAAGAGACAUUUAACAUUUGAUAUGUUAGGCUACCUUAAGGCACUCUAACAUGAGAGCUGUUUUAACUAACUGAAUAAUAUCUGCUGGUUCCAGGAGUCAAAAUUUAGAGCAACAGGAAGAAAAUUGGGAUAUGAUGAGGAACAGAGCAGCCUUUUCUCUGUAAGUUCAGGCUUAUCUGAAAUUGAAAAUUAUUCCGAGGAGGUAGUGGAUAAAAGGGAACAACUGCUGGACGUUACUGACAUGGACCUGUGGUCUUCUGUUUUAGCCCCCACAAUCAGAUACUACGUUUUCUUAUUAUUAUAUCAGAAAUCAGUUGUUUUGAGGCAAGAAUAGAAUAUAUCAUAUAUGAAAUAAAGCUUUUAAAAUAAGAAUAUCUGAUCUGGAUCCAGUUUAACAGCACAGCAGAUAAACCUGAAGAGUUUGUCUGGUCUUAUAUGACAGUUUCUGUGUGGAAAGAUCUCAGUUUAUUUGGAAUCAGUCACUGACGAAAAAUGUAGAUCCUAUAGAACUAGAAAUUCCCAGUCUGUACUCCCAAAACUAUGUCCAAGUAACAUAGCACAUUAGAACAGAAUUACUUUGGUCUAGGUAUUUUCAUGUUGGCAAAAUAAGGGAAAAAAGUGUUAUUUUUAAGAAAAUAUUAUUUUAAUAUCCAAAGUGAGAGGUUUGGGAAAUUUUGAAUAGUGCAUGUUACAGCUUUUGUUUUUUUAAUAUUUCAAUGACUAGGUAUUAUAAAUGAAUCUAAUACUACUUUUAUAAAUAAAUGCUGAGAUUUAUAAAGAGAUGGCACCCCAGUUUAGAAUAUUUUGAAUGUUAAGAUUUUUGGAGUCAUUAAACUUUCUUAUUUUUUAAGAUUCGUUUUGAAGGAAAAAAAAAUGACCUGAACAUUUUAAUCUAACCAAGGAAAAUAUUACGUUAAAUGAUAAAGACUUGUUAUCUGUGAAUAAAUGAGUAAACUGGUCCAUUCAUUAUAUAUGAUGGGAAAAAAAAAUCAAAGUUUUUAAUAAUGGUAUGAAGAUACUGUUUAGAGAGAGAUUAUGACAUUUUGAAAACAUUUUUCUAUUUUCAAAAUAUCAUUUCUAGACUAUUUUUUAUUGGUGCUUCUGCAAAUGAUAAUAAAAACUAGAUUGUAAGCGAGGUUCAGUAAGGACGUUCUUCAGAUAUGUAUAAGGUGCUGGAAUUAGCACCGGCUCUGUUUUAUUCACCCUUGGCUGCCCUUGGCCAAUACGUUUAUACCAGAUUGGCUCUCUGUAUUUAAAAAUGAUCUAGAAUUAUUUUUUAAAAACAAAAUGUAGAUUUUGAAAAGCAUAAAAAUCAUGGCUUUAUAAUUUUAGCAGCCACCAGAGAUAUCUUGAUUUAUAUAUGAGUAAAUAUAACAAACAUUUUAAUAAUAGAAAUAAUUAGGAAGAAAAGAGAUGGCAUUGUCCUCUGUAGUCAGUGGUCUUGAUUUAUUUUAUUCUGUUUUGUGUUCCAUCAGCCUACUUUGCAAUCACAUUUCAUUCCAGUCCUUGAAAAUAUUUGUUAAAGGUUGUCUAAGUGUCUGCCUUACUUCUUAGAGCAUGUACUGUCAAUAUUUUAACCAUGACGUAGCUAUUGAAAAAAAAUCAAUUAUUAAAUACCAGGUCCACUUUUGGUUUCAUUUUGAGUUUAGAUUAUCUAUUUUGAAAAAGCAGGUCUUAUUAUAUUGAUUUUUAAAUAUUAAAGUCAAAUUUCAAAUCACCCAGUCUUGGAGAAUUUGCAGAUAUGUAACAUUUUCUAAUCCUAUGCAAGAGAAAAAGAUUAAUGAUAUUUUAAAGCUAUCUGUUUGUGAUCAGAUAAGAAAGAGUCUUAAAUAUCCUUUGAGGGGGAAAUAUAGAAGCAGGUCAGGAGCCCACUUCCUGUGACUGAGACCAGAGAGGAUAUGAAGGGUAACAAAGGGAAGAGAAGGUCCUGGGCCAUCAGUUUACAGCUAACGGUUGACUGCCUUUUGUGGUAGUGUUGAAGGCUUCUGUAUACAAACAACCGAUGUAGACUUGUAUUUAUAAUUUGACAAAGUCUUGACCAAGAAUCUUAAAGUCCACCAUCCCAUUCCAGCAAAAUACUAUCAGAGUAAUGAUAUCCAAACAAGAUUCUUCUGUAUAUGCCUUUUUUUUUUUUUUUUGCAUGAAAACUGUGAGCCACAGAGGUCGGACACUUAGCCCAUUUGUUGCUAGAAGGGAAAAAAAAUCUACUAGCCUUCAGUCAAACUAUAUUCAAGUAGCAUUGAGUUUUAAUAAAUUAAAACGUCCAGAAGUAAUUUUAGACUUUGAGAUUUCCAUGCUAACUAGACCACUUUGCAAGCUGAAGCUGACAGUGUUGUUAAAUACUUCACUGACGUACUCUGAAGUGUUAGGCUUCAGUAUAUAUAAUGAUGUUCUGAAAGAGACUGGGCUCAGGUAAUGGAGUCAUAUUUUAUCUUAACAGGUCUUUAACUGAGGCAGUUCAGAAAUCUACUUGGUCAGUUCUCCUAGAUGGUACGUCAUGUGAAUAUAAUCGGGUACUGUAGUUAAAAUUGUGUUAUGCCGCUAUUUAUAUGUUAGCCUAGGUACUAUGCAUAAUUUUAAUAGCUGAGAUGUUAAAGAAUAUAAAAUCUAAGAAUAUAAAGGAUGAAAUAUGCCUAUAUUACUGUUUUAGGACUGCUCUGGAAAUAAAGGCCUUAUUAUUCCUUUAUAUGUGAUUUUUCAUAAGAAAAUAUAUACACAGUAUAUUUUAAAUGGUCAUGUAGGUGGUCUCUAGCUACUCCCCCAUAUGACAGAGCUGGCAAAAAUUUUAAUAUGCACAAACAAUAUACUUAGUAUUUACAAAUGUUUACAUUCAACUUAUGUGUAUAAGAAAAUUUUGCUGAUACUCACUGGCCAACUCCUUUGCAGAGGAAGAUGUUUAGGGUAUAUGCAGUUUGAUUGGUUUUUGUGGAAAUACAUCUUGUUUGGAGGAUCACCUUCCUCUUGUGCAUUUAUUUGAUCCUGUGGAAGUUCAGUCAUGGGUAAUCAUGUAAAUGUUUAUGAAAAAAAAUUUACUGAAGUGACUCCAUUAUAUUCUGUUCUAAUACUUGGAGAAUGACCUUCAUAUUUAUAUAUUUCUUUGUUUUAACUGCACGACUAUAAAUCCAGGAAAUGUUUCCUCUUUCCUUUUUUUUUUUUUUUUUUUACAAAAUAAUUUUUUAUUGUAAAGUAUUUGUAAUGUA